AGUUUCUGCGUCGAGAGCAGUUUUCGUGUGACGCUUGUGACUCACGGCGCGCCGGCUUCCGUACCUAGAAACGUUAUGUGCCAAAACAGCGUUCAAAGUUCGCUGGCGUUCCCCUGCUGAAGCACCGUUUACACCACCUCUCCGUGUUUUCAGUGGUCGUGUAAUCUUGCGGACAGCGCAGAGCUCUUACCGGUCCCGCCGUUUGCGGUUGCUGGAAGUACGGAUUGUUAUCGCGUAGGGCGGAGGUGAGACAAGUCGGUUCCUGUAAACACACCGUCCGAUACGGUUUACCUUUGCCGCUGACGACGUAGCGACUGCUUCGUUUGCACGAUGUCGACUUGGAAAGCAGCGGUCGGCACUGACCUGAAAGUACAGUCUCAAGAAGCCGACGAUGACUGGGAAACCGACCCAGAUUUUGUGAAUGAUGUGACCGAAGAGGAACAGCGCUGGGGUUCCAAAACUGUCGAAGGCUCCGGACAUGUCGCCGAUGCUGUGAAUAUCGCUGAACUUCGAGAACAGGUUGCCAAGGACGAUGCGGCCUACAAGAAGCGAGUGCUCGAAGAGCUGCCCAAGGCCUCCUACGGCUAUGGCGGCAAGUUUGGUGUCCAGAAUGACAGGAUGGACAAGUCGGCUGUCGGGAACGAUUACGUUGCAUCGCUCCACAAGCACGCCUCUCAGACGGAUGCCGUCAAGGGCUUUGGUGGCAAGUUUGGCGUGCAGAAAGAUCGACAAGACAAGUGUGCCGUUGGCUGGGAGCACCACGAAUCGGUCGAGAAGCACGCUUCGCAGAAAGACUACAGCACCGGAUUCGGUGGCAAGUUUGGUGUCCAGAAGGAGCGCCAGGACAAGUCCGCAGUUGGCUGGGAGUUUCACGAGAAAACACAGAAGCACGCAUCACAGACUGACUAUGCCAUCGGCUUUGGAGGCAAGUUUGGAGUUCAGAGUGACAGGCAGGACACGUCGGCCGUCGGCUGGAACCACAUUGAGAAGCUGGAGAAGCAUGAAUCGCAGAAAGAUUAUUCCAAGGGAUUCGGUGGCAAGUUUGGUGUAGAGAAAGACAAACAAGACAAGUGUGCCCACACGUUCGCCGAGGUUGAGAAGCCCAAACCGGCGUACCAGAAACCAAGGCCUGACAUUGAGGUGACCUCGGAGCGAGCCAAAAGCCUGCGCUCGCGGUUCGAGAACAUGGCCAAGGCAGGCGAGGAGGAAGCACGCAAGCUCGCCGAUGAGGAGCGCAAGCGGAGGCUCCAGAAGGACCAGGCCGAGAAAGAGGCAGCCAAGAAAGCCGAGGAAGAACGGCAGAAGCGCCUCCGCGACGAGCACAAGCGGAUCGACCAGCUCCAGGAGCAGCUCAAGGCGGCCGAGGGCCAUGACCAAGACGAGGGGGUCUCGGAGCGCAAGCCCCGGUCCGACAGCGCUGGAAGCCAGCCCGACGAGUCGGAGCUGAUCCGGCCCGGCACGCGGAAAAACCACUCGCGGGUGUCGGUCAUCCCACGGGAGCUGGUCGUCCCAACGAAGCAGGUGGCCAGUCCCGAUGUCUCCCCGACGCAAGAGACCGAACCGCUGCCGCAGAUGAAGGACGCAGUUCCUGCUGCCACGGUGUCUGCAACACCUGCAGCCGUGGUUGCAGCGUCCGCGGAAGUCGAAGAAGCGCCGGCGCCCACCGCAGUGCGGGUCGCGGCAGAUGAGCUGGAGCCAGAAGCUGUCGAGGAGGCUCCCAAGAAGAUUGUGCCACAGAUUCACCACUCACCGGUGGAGUCCGAGUCGAGUCCGGAUUCCGGACCUGGUGAAUCAUUGGAAGAAGGAAUCUAUGAGCAUUUGGAGCCAGUGUCGACUGAGAAGAAAAUGUCGGCUGUGGCGUUGUACGACUACCAAGCCGCUGACUACGAUGAGAUAUCCUUCGACCCCGAUGAUAUCAUCACAGACAUUGAAACGAUUGACGAGGGCUGGUGGCGUGGAAAGUGUAAUGGAAAAGUUGGCCUCUUCCCUGCAAACUACGUUCAACCUCUUUACUGAAGCUUCGCAUUUUGAGGCAAGCUCGUCUGUGAACUACGGUUGUGGCACUGCCCACGGCGGUGAUGGCGCGGGUACUUCCGCAACUUGCUCAACAACAGUCUUCUUCGGGCAUCCAGCUUCGACGUCGUUUGCACAAACAAGACCUCAACAUUCGGUCGCAGCUCGUCGACGACACCUUUCCCGAAUGACCUUUGGCAGCGGCGUUUUUGUCGUCUCCCACAGAUUGUCGCUUCGUCGAGCUACCAUUUUUACUAGCAAACUGAACGAAUGUGUGCAGUGAAGAAGUAUGUUGAGUAGUGUUUCAUUUGGGCAAUUUAUGUCAAAGGUUCCCCUUCCUGACAUGUUGCCUUUCUUGGAAUGACUUGAUUGAGACCAGUUCACAGGCUUUAUAUGGGACACGUCAAUACCUUGUCAUUUUACUGCAGGCGAUGGUGAUUUAUGUAAUUUUAACCUGUGGCAAAUUGCCGUGUAUGUGCAAAGUGAAUUGUGUUUCAUAUGAUGAAGGUCAUCAUGCGUGUUGCUGAGCACCAGCUGACAAUUUUAGUCCUCAGAGAGUUUUAGCUUGCUGUUAUAGGUAGUAUUCUAGCUUGCAUGAUUACGGAACACCAGAGAUGUGGACGGCAGUAAUAACGCUGCUGGCAACACCUCGUGCUGAUUUGGUGACCUCGUUCAGCUGCAAAGCAUUGGAAAUGUGUCGUCUCUCCUUAUGCCAUUCUUUUCGAAAGAGAAUAGUCGCUGCACUUUUAUGACCAGGCCUUUCUUGAUGCCUUUACACAAGCAUAGCCUGUCUUGCAAUAAUAUUUAUGCAUGUUCUUGUUGAAAUUAUGUCACCAGGUGGCACCCCCAUUGCAACCGCUCACAUUGCUAAAGUUGCUAUUUGCGGAAUAACGGAAUGUUAUUCCAUUAUUCCGUAGAUAGCAACUUUACGGUUUUUAUUUGCGGAAUAGCAUUUUUGUUAUUCCGUAAGUAGUAAUACAUUUAUGAGCAAGCUAAAACUCUGCAACUAUUCAUAGAGGGAGCAGAUUUGCAUGAAUGGUUUUAUUUCUCAUGUUUACUUACUCUGUGUAAGCUUCAGAACUUCGUUGGGGAAGAUUUAUGAUGUGUGCAUUUACGUGUCAUGGCCCGUGUGUGCCACCAGGCUGGACAAAAAAAGAAAAGAAAGGCUUUUUCCUAUUUCUGUUGGCCCAAUGCCUCGUCUACUUCGAGCCCUAUUCUGUGCCCCUUUAUUUUUCCCACUAUUUACUUUUGUCCUUUCUCUCUAGUUUUCUGCCACCAAAUUCAUACCAGUGGUACAGAUCCUUGGGACGUGUUGGAACACCGCAUGUGCCACUGGUACUCGCACAUCAUCAAAAGGUAGUAGUGCAAGAUGGUCGGCAUCCUUUGCAACGAUGGAUGUUCGUGUUCGGAUAGCAGGAAAUUGCUGCCUUUGAGCUUGCCUGGCAGUGACAGCUGUUGAAGACUGCAUGUCGCCAUGAACAUACACAGCUUUGAAUUGUGUGACGAACCCCAAUCUUCUUUCUUUCAUUGAGCCAGGAAUUUAUGGAAUUUAACUAUUUUGUAUGCCUACUGUUGUGAGACAUUACUUGAUUUGUUGAGCUUAUUACUGUACUUCUAGAAGUUUUCGUUCCUUUUUUUUUAUAGUUGUGAUAAUGAUUGUGAAAGCAUUGAACGGUGGCUUUGCUGCUUUAGAUUUUUGUUGUAAUAUAGUUAACUAUAAUAGCUUUUAUUUUGCAGUCUUUUGGUUUUCCAACUUUCUCCAGUCAUGUUUUUGGAAUCUUGUGCAUUGACACAUUUUUAAACAAUAUAUAUUUGUAGACAUUUUAGAAACUGUGUCACGGGUCCAGUUUUAUGGGUUUUCGUAACCGACAUCUCCUUAUUGGGUCUGCUCUUCAAGGAACUAAUUAAAUUUGAUAAAUGCUUUACAAGGAUAGUUUUCUUCCGUUUUUUGGUUUUUAUAAGGCUUAUUGUGUUUGUGGUGCCUUUUAUUUACUUUGUGUAAUUUAAAUGCUUAAAUUCAUACCAGCUCCUGAUCUACUUAAUUCAUAUGCCACGCACGUGUAGUUAUCAAAUGUUAAUCGUAGGUUCCUGAUGUGGUGCCAAGUUUCUUUCACAUGGUAUUUUAUAGUGUGUCAUAACUCUCUGUAGGAAUGAUUACGACACGAAGCACAUAACUGGCAGAUGUUUGGUAUUUAUAAACUUUUUUCCCUUGCUGGCUUCCAGUGCAAAUGUGCAUAAGUUAAUGUAGAGAAAGUAUUUCAGGGUCAAUGCACUACGAGAUGUCAAUUUACGAGCAUUCUGUUGACGGCACCCAGGAAUUUUCGUUCUGCACCGACUCCAAUAACAGGGCUACAUCGUUUGUACGAUUACAUGGAUUUCGCAAUAAACAAUCAUUGUUUUUAUACGAA